GGGCGGGAAUGUAGAGUCAACGGGUGCGCAGUGUGUGGCUAGUCUGGACGCGGCGGCAGGUAGAAACCUAAAAGUCUCAACGGACACAGACUGAGUUGAGGCUAAUUUCAAAUGACAAUGUAGACAAUUACAUUUACAGUCGAAAAGAAAAAGGAAACCUACCAACAGGAGGAUAAUGUAAACACAUUUUGAUGAACUUUGAUGAUACCAUUUCAACGCCAGCUGUGCUUGUCCAAGACGAAAGGUUGUCUUGAUGUGAGGCUACAUUGAGGUGAUUUGCAACGUUUCAUCAACACGGGACUUCAGUUGUCAUUGUCAAAUAUUGCAGUCUACUUUGCCUUAUCACGUCUCCUUCUGAACACGAUUGUUUUCAGUCUGUGGAGAGGAUUAGGGAACAUAAAAGGAAUACUCAAAGCACAGUGACUUCAAAGUGCGCAGCAGGCAAAGUAAGUAAACAUAGGGUUGGGGAGGAAACCGGGUUCGUAGUCGCAAUGGAAUUAGUGCUGAAGAAGUAUUCGUCCGUUCCAAACGUCGCUGGAAACUUCAACUAGGUUGUGUUACCGCUGGGAUGUUGACAGCGACCUGCUGUUUGGGACGGAGGGACUGAGAGCGAAGAAGGUAGGCUAGAGAGGACGAGGAACAGUGGGAUUAUGGCUCUCGCAACCGUUUCUCUCUGUCUAAUAGCGCUCGCCUUUACACAUUUGCACCAGACGCGUGCCAACGACCGACAUGCCGUCUAUUGGAACAGCUCAAAUUUACAUCUACGGACGGAGGGCUACACGGUGCAGGUGGCGGUGAACGACUACCUGGACAUCUACUGCCCACACUACAACACUACUGCCGCCAGCCAGCGGGGGACACUGGAACGCACUGUGGCCGAGCAGUACGUCCUCUACAUGGUCAGCUACCGCGGCUACCGCACCUGCGACCCCCAGAUGGGCUUCAAGCGCUGGGAGUGCAACCGGCCGCACGCGCCCCACGCACCCAUCAAGUUCUCUGAGAAGUUCCAGCGCUACAGUGCCUUCUCCCUGGGCUACGAGUUCAACGUGGGUCAUGAGUACUACUACAUAUCCACGCCCACCCAUCACCACGGCCACAGCUGCCUGAGACUGAGAGUCUACGUCUGCUGCUCCACGGUCUCCCAUGGUGAUGAUUCCAGUCAGACUCCACCUGACUACACAGUCAGGCCCAAUAUCAAAAUACACAACAUUGAUGAAUUUAACCCUGAAAUUCCCAAACUGGAGAAGAGCGUCAGUGGCAGCAGCCGAUCACGCGAUCGCCUUCUGCUCACCGUGGCAACACUGCUCAUCUCCGCCCUCCUGGUUUCCUAGCGACUGUCCCCCCGAGUGACAUCACAUGGAUAUCUGAACUGCUUAGACUGAAGGGCUCUGUAUCCAUUGACCCCGGGUUCAAUUAGAAAGUGAGAGGGAACCAAGUAAAUGUCACACAAUUCAACCAAUCAAAAGCCAGAAUUACAAUCAAUUUGACACAACCAUAAAAAACAGGACUUACUCUCAAAUCGUACUCACUCAAUUCUAUCUUAACUCACCUGUAGUCACUGUUGAUACACAGUUUGUGCGACGUCUUUGGUUCAUGCAUUGUCGGACAUACACUACGUGCAUAUGUGCCACUGCAUUUCAUGCAUUUGGUGUGCCACCACACGGACCAAAGCAGAAAAUGGCAUUCAGACUUAGACAUGAUACAGCCAUCAUGCCUAGGCUGCCUCUGGCUACACACACACAGUUAAAGUAGGGCAUGUGCAGUGGGAUUUGUAAUGGGAGUAUGGCUGCCUGUCUAUCUGCGAAGGAACUCGCAUGACAUUGUCUUCAGCUUGUCCCAAUAUGAAGGACCUUUGAGCUCUUUGGAGUAGGAUGGCCAUAACUGGACUGGGCUCCACUGAGCCUGACCAAUGGACUGUCCAAUAGGCUUUGAUGGACGGAACUCAACUGGACUUGGCGUUGCUGCAGUACUGUGGACCAUGCUGGACUCUGCCAAUAUUCACUGUACUGUGCUGUGCCAUAUACUUGCAGCCAUUUCUCUACACUGCUGCCAUUCUACCGGAUGUUAACCCAUCUUUUACUGUCAUAGAUACGAGUUGGUCACACCGAGGCCCAGGUGUUGAUGGUGUUAACCGGAAGACAGAAAUAUUUUGAGAAUCUCUAAAGGCUUUCAAGAGCCCUUAUCCAUCUCCUCUAGAUGUCCUCUAACUGUGGCUUUAUGGUGCAUAGAAAGGUCUAAAGCCCACAUGUCAAAGACAAAAUAGACGGUGCCCUUCAAAAACUGGUCCUAGAUCUGUUUUCAUAUCUGCCUUCAAACCUUAUUAACUGGAAUUAAAGAGACUCUGCACCUGUGCUUUGAGGGCAUUUCCAGAAGCACAGAUCUGUGUUUUUGCCUGAUGCAUCUACCCAUAACACUUUGUCUGGGUUCCAGGUAGCAAUCUUGUAUCAAUAGUCAACAGAAUGGUUUCUAUUGCCACAAAUUACAAUAUUAAACAUUUCAUAACAACAAAUAUCCUACAAAUCCAGACCUAAUUAUUAUUAUUUUUUCCUCCAUCACUUUCAAAGGUUACCUUCAGGCUGUUCAUUAUUACAAUCUCAGUCACUGUGGUAACUACCGAAUAUAGUAGUCACAGAGCGGCAGGUGCCUGAGGAAACUGUGAUUUGUGUCACAGAUUACUUUAGUCUCCAUUUUGUAAACAUGCGUUAAUUUGCAGACAGACAGCAGUCCACAGAUUUACUGUUUUAUACUAUAAAGUCUGACAAUAUUAGGAUUGCAUUUUCGAUGACAAUGCUGUAUGGUUUAUUAACAUUUGUUUACAUUAUUUAUUGAUUUGCUUGUUUAUCCGUGUACAUUUCCAAGUAUUUUUUCAUUAAGCUAUUGUACCAAAUUUUUUUUACUUUUUUAUUUUUGCUAAAGCAUUUGCUUCUGUUAAGUACAGUACAUGGAUGUAUGCCAGUUAAGACUUUUGAGGAGAGGUGUAACUAUUCUUCUCACAUGUUAUAAAGCAUUACAUUUAACCAUAGCAUUUAUGCCUGCAGCACGGGGGAAAUAAGAGGAGAGGUGAUACUGGAUAAAAAACAUCACUCCUCCAAUGCUGCACUUAAAAUUCUUGACACGAGAAAUGACGAUAGUGCAUUGUAAUAUAACUUUAUAAACAUGCUGGUAGGUGCUGGAUUUGUGUGUGUGUGGGGGUGUGUCAGAGAGAGUGAGAGAGAAAAGGCAUUAUUGAGAGAGAAAAACACAUUGUUGUGUGUAUGGAGGUAUAAGGAGUGUGACUGUUUGCGCUUUCGAGUAUGUGUGCAUUUUAGACUUUUCGUAUUCGUUGAGGGACUUGUUUGUAGGAUCUGAAUAUGCAGGAGUGUAUGAGAGAUAGAGAGUAUGUGCUUCAGUAAUGUUAGCUUAUGUUAGGGGCCGGGGGGAUUUUAAAAAAGCAUUUACUAAUGUUGGAGACAACAACAAGAAUUGUGUUUACCUUUGACAAGAAUCAAUUUAAAAACAUGUAAAUUGAACUAAGAAUGACAAUGAUUAAAAUGAUGACAAUAAAAAUCAUACUUUUAGCAAAAGUC